UAUCAGCAGGAAAGACCAGACAUCUAUGAUGCCAACCUUCACUACCCCCAGAUGCUCAUACUCCGCAAGAUACUCGCGGCAUGAGCAUCGUCUUGGUGCAAUCGCUGAAGAAACUCACACGGAAAAAGUGAAAACACAAAAAAAGCGAACAGAGUCGGCUCUAGUCCUGACCAGACGUCCGUCACCAAACGCCGCCAUCUUGGAAAGAAAGACUUUCAGGACCAACUGUUGUAUAGAAAAUAGGGAACUUAAAGAGGAACUGCCGCACACUGCGUGUUUUAAGUAACAGCAAAAAAAACUAAAAUAUGUGUGUUUCUGUGUGUGAAAUGUGGUUGUUGUUCAAAUGUUUUCAUGGUGUCGCCACCAAAUGUUUAAAAAAAGAUCUAUCAUCAUCUCAUGUAGCGAAGUGUUUUAAAUGAGAGAAAUUUAUUGAAGAAGAACCUGACCUAAUAAAUGUUGUAAAUAACAAGUUAUUUUCGGGAGAGAAAAAGUAUCAUCACGGGGCCGGGCCCCAUAGCGCAUUUAAUCGUGCCGUCUCACAAUCGUUUCCAGAUGCCCGUGAAUAAUGUCAUCUCGCAUAAAACAAGGUGUUCACUAAAGUAAUUUAUUGAAGAGAAAUCAUUGUAUUUAUUAAAGCCUUCAAUAAAGGUUGUUAUUUUGAAGAAUAAAGGUUGAAUUUCGAAGA